UUGAUGUUCAUUCUUACGCUUUGCACGGCUGGAGUUUGGGUGGUUUGACUUUCAUCUUUAUUCUCAUCUCUUUCAGGAUUCUCAUUGGUCCAUGGUAUAUACGUGUCUUUUCUUUUGUGUCAUAUUCCUUAUGUUCAACAUGUCUUAUAUACUCGUUUCCGAUUGUCUAUAUUUUUUUGUUCUUUUUCUCUUCUGGCGUUUCCUGGGAUGGUUUUCUUUUGUUAAGCGUUCUGUUAUGUUUCAUGUCAUGUCUAUGGAUAGCGAGGGCGUUGAUGUGGUGGAUUAGGUUGGCAAAAAGCACUUUCGUGUUUGGAGCAAUUUUCUUCAUGUAAUUAAUUCAAUGAAAGUAUAAAAAGACAAAAAAUAAACAAGAUCCUAGCAAA